AUGGUCACCAAAGGCUGGCUUUUGCUUAUUGCCCUCGCCAUGGUCAUCAUUAUGGAAGUCUCAUCUCAGGACUGUGGCCAACUUCUCACCAGGCUACGGGAAGCCAACCAGGCCAACCUGGACGUUCUCCAUAGAAAUAUGGGACCCUCCAUUUCCCAACAAUGCAUCGAUGAUGUAUUCAGCUUCUCUCACAGAGAAGCUCUGGGAAACAUUAAUGUCUCUGAGGAGGGGAAUGCCAAGGCGGCCAUACAAGAAGUCCUUCAGCAGACAGGUCACAUCUUCAAGCAGAACUACACCGAAAUGCCAUGGGAUGAGGAUUCCUUGAGAGCUUUCCAUGCUGGACUGGAUCAGCAAAGUGAGAACCUGAAGAGCUGCCUGAGUGCAUCUCCAAGGAUCCAGCUCACCAGGCUGAGAGUGAAAAAAUAUUUCCGAAGCCUGAGUAACCUCCUGAAAGAGAAAGAGUAUAGCCGGUGUGCCUGGGAGAUCAUCCAGAUCCAAGUCAAGCAAUGUUUCCUCUGGAUUGAGAAAAUCAUUCAAGAGAUCCAAAACAAAGCUUAA